AUGAAGAAACUGGUCCUUCCUUUCAUCCUCGCAGCCUCUAUCCUCGCUCUGACUCCUCUGAUUCUCCUGCACUCCAUCGAUGAUGUCAACCAUAGCCGGAGCCCGGGAAGAGGAGUGGGGCGAGGAGGAGGAGGAGGAGGUGGUGGUGGUGGUCGAGGAGGAGUUAUCAAGUCGAACAGGACGCCGUUGGCUGAGAGCAGCUUGUUGCAUGGGGAGAAGGUUGCUGUUCGGGCGGAGGUCACGAACUCAUCGGUCCAUGCCGACGGCUCCUUCGCUUCCCUGCUGCAGCGACUAAAGACGCAGAAAGAAAGAGUCCAUGAGGUAGCGGAGCCUGACAGAGCGAGCAAGGAGAGGACGAAGACGAAGCCGCAGCAGCUCAAAGAUUCCUCCUCCUCCUCCUCCUCCUCCUCCUCCUCCUCCUCCAACAGCAAUAUCAACAGCAACAGCAACAGCAACAGCAACAGCAACAGCAACAGCAACAGCAACAGCAACAGCAACAGCAACAGCAACAGCAACAGUGCCGACUCACCAGCAAGUUUGUUCUCUGCUCUUGUACCGGAACGAGGGCAGAGGGUCGAUGAGCAUCGGGUCAUGCCGGCGCCUCCUACUCCAGUGGCGUCUCGCUCACCUCUCCGACACCCAGCUCAUGCUCAGCCAGGCAACAUGACGGGACGAGACUGCGAGGGAGGAGAGGAGGAGGAGGAGGAGGAGAAGUUCGUGCUGUGGGAUCAAGGGAGAACGCGAGAUCUGCGCUGCUCAAUCUUCUCGCGCAGUUUGACGUCGACCGUUGAAAGAAGGUUUGAGUAUGGCAGGAGUCAGCUCAAGCUUGGCACCCGCUUCGACCCGCUCGUGUGCUACACGUACGUCAACGAGGAAUGCUGGACAACAGAGCAGGUGGAGGAUGGCAGCGACUGCGAGGAUGGGGGGACGGAGGAUCAGUAUGCGAGGGUGAGAAAAGAGAGCAAGAUCCUGUGGAGGAGGAAGUCGGAGGACAAACGAACCUCCCUGUUCUACAUCAGGAGGGCGAUCUCGACGGGUAGAGUGGAGGAGGACGAGGACGACGAGCGCGGGGAAGAUGAUGAGGAGGAGGACGGGGAGGAGAAACGCGACUGGUUCUUCGGGGAGGUUGAGAGCGCGUCCGGGUGGGGGGAAAGGGCAUUGAAGGCAGCGGCAGACGUGGCAAGCAAGAAAGGCUGGAAGGAAAUCUCCCUCCUCCUCCAUGGGGACUCUCUCGCCCAGCUAGCGAGGAAUGUCGACGAACGGUUCUCAGCUCCCCUCUGCCUCUUCUCCGCCUCGUCGCUGGACGGGUUGCAGGAGUACAACCAGCGGGCCUCCUCCUCCUCCAGGCUCUCGUGCCUCGUCGCCUUCCAUGCGCUGAAGCAGGAGAAGGUCAGGAGUCUGUUCGUCAGCGCGACUAUGUUCGACGUCCUCGUGCUGGGAGAGCUCCCUUCUCUCUUUGACACCCUCCUGCCCCACGAGGUCCUCCUGCACCUCGGUCGGCUCCUCCUCCUCUCGCACGUGACCCUCCUGCCGGUGAAGCAGCUGCGCAGCUUGCUGUCCCUUGUCAGCGAGACGGAGAAGAAUCCGCAGCGGCUGAUCGAGAUGAGCGUGAGGAGGAUCAGCCCCAAGGUCAAGGUCGAGGUCAAGCAGCUAAGGAUGGACGUGCUGCUGGUGGAGGUGCUGGAGGGUGACCUGAGGAGGGUUAGAGUCGUUGACCUUGACAACCUGCUGUGUAAGGAGACCAGGAGCUGGAGGGAGCUCGGAGCCCCUGCCCUCCUCACCCCCUCCUCCUACACGCUGAGGAUCAAGGACAGCAAGGCUCUUCUCACCCCCGAGGGGAGGGAGCACGAGCAGGAUCGUCCUGCGCGCGAGCUCAGGAGGGGGCAUGUCUCCUUGCAAGCUGUCAUGAUAGUCGGCCUGCAGCCUCAGGUCGUCUCCUCUCUCUUCUCGCAGCUGCUCCACCUUCCCUUCCCCCCAUGGGCCCCCCUCCUCUCCUGGAGCUCGGUCGCGCAGCUCCAAGUCGCGCACAACCCAGAGACUUUGAGCUUCGACGUCUGCCUGUCGAGCCUUCCGGCGUUUGUGGAGCAGCAGCAGGCGAACAAAGACAAGGAGGAGGAUGGUGCGUCUUCGCACAAGCGAUCGGCAGCCAAGAAGUCGCAGAAGUCUGCGAAGGAGGAGGAAGUGAAGGAGGGGGAUGGAGAGAAGGAGGAGGAGGAGGAGGAAGACACUGCGAAGAAGGAUAGCGAGGGCGGGGAGGAGGCAGAGGUCAAGAAGAAGAGCAGCAAGGGGAGGGGGAACAAGACAACGAGCAAGAGGAAGCUGAUGGGAGAGGAGGAGGAGGACAAGGAGGAGAAGCAAGAGGAGAAGUCAAAGGACGGCACAUCGCUGCCGCCCCCACAGCCCAUCGACAUAUUCUCUUCCUCCAUGGUCCAGUCUUGCAACUCUCUCCUUUCUUCCCUCCUCCAGCACGUCAGCAGCAGCAGCAAGGUGCUCCUCUUCGGCUCUGAGCUCUCCCUCCUCGGCGUCAAGAUUGCCUCUUCCCUCCCCGACGUUCUCGUCCUCGUCGUCCACCAGCACGAGCAGCAUGCGCGCAUGCAGCGGCGGCUAGCAGGGGAGAUGCGCCUGACCAACCUCUACUCCUCGUUCCUCGGCAUGUCCGAGAGGACAGUGAAACGCCUCCUCUCCCUCCCCGAGCCCUUCGACGUCUGUAUCCUCGGCCCUCACGUCUUUGCUGCUACGCUGGAAAGAUCUCCCUCCUCCUUCUUCUCCUUCCUCUCCCUCCUCCUUCGCUUCGCCCCUUCCUCCUUCCUCCUCGCGCCUCCCUCCUCUUCCCUGCGCGCAGCCAUGCAGGUCCUUCACCUCAACCUCUCAAGUGGAUACGACAGCACGCAGGAGCUGGUGCGGCGGCUGGAGGAGGAGAGGCUGAACCCGCGGAGGAUGGAAGUUGGAGGAGCAGGAGGAGGCUGCAGCUUCGAGCUGGUGCAGCUGACGGCGGAGGAGCUCGUGCGGCAGGUCAGGGUUGGGACGCGAGAGGCGGUGAUGCGGAUGAGGAGAGGGUCGACCCGCCUGUCGUUCAUGGGGAGAGGGAGGGGGAAGGAGGGGAAAGAAGAGGAGGAGGAGCUCUACAGGAACCGGAGAGGGAUGUCGAUAGAGACGCUGCUGGCGUUUGGGAUGCUCAACGAGACGAAAGCUCUCUUCCUCCGCAAGUUCCUCUCGCUCAGCCUGCCGGACCAGCCCGUGCUGCCUUGCGAUGUAGUGGUGCUGGAGGAUGAGCUCAAGUUCGAUCCCCUCGACCACUCCCGGCACGUUUACGCGCGCGUGUACUCGGAGGGGAGGAGGAGGAGCAAGAAGAGGAUGGGGAAGGUCAAGGCCUGCAGCUACCAGGAGGAGGCAGCGAGGACGGUGGACCCGGACCAUGUCAACAGGAGUGUAGCGGCAGCGAGCACGAUCGCAAGUCUCCUCUCCUCCCACCACAACUUCUCCUUCCUCGAGUACUCGCAGUCCCUCCCCGUCGUCUCUCAGCUCCUCUCCCCCCUCCAUCCUCACAGCACCUUCGUCACCGUGCAGCAGGACGAGCUCGGGCACCUCCAGCACGUCCUCUUCCUCCAGGAGUGCGGGCCAGCCAACGUCGUUGCCUGCAACGGAGCAGCUGCUGACGUCAUCCCAAAACUCUACGAGUCUCCAGAGUUCCUCCGCUUCCAGUACGCGGAGCCGAUGCAGCUGAUGCUGGCAGCGGAGGAGGAGGAGGCUCUUCUGGGACAGCUCCUGUCCUGUGCCAUGACGACCUUUCUCCUCCUCCCCUCUCCUCGCCUCCUCUCCACCGCCUUCUCCCUCCUCUUCCCCUCCUCUCGCCCGCCGAGCUUCGACAUGAUCGUCGAGGACCUUGUGGAGGAGGCUUCGGUGCCACUGAGGACGGAGGUGGAGGUAGCGUUCCUGCAGGAGCUCGGAGGGCAUGUCUUGCUGCGCGUGCGGCUGAUCAACAUGACGCGGGUGGCGCAUCAUCACUUCGACUACAAGAAGGACGGGCACGCGCGCGUGUACGACAUGCUCUUCAAGGAGAGGAGGAGAGUGCCGGCGCAGCGAGAGGACGCGUACCUGCCGGGGCAGCUGACGCUGACGAGGAGGGAAGACGAGCAUUCGAUCCCCUACAAGGAGCUCAGGGCGAUCAGCCUGAUCGCGCUGCUGCGCAUGGGGCUCAACAACUACCAGAAGCGGAAGUUCUACGAAAGUUUCAUCCGGAUGCCGCUCUUCGAGGACAUGGCGCCAUGGAACAUCGUCUUCGAGGGAGGCAUCUUGUCCUACAUCGACCAGGACACGCAGGACCAGAAGUUCGACCAGCUCCUCCCCCUCGCCUACCAGACCAUGUCCGCGCUCAUGAACUACAUCAGAACCGUCCAGGACUUCGGCAAGUGCAAGGGAAAGGCGAGGGGAGGCAACUCUUACGGGAUCCCCUACAUCUCCGACUGUGUUCGCUCCUCCUUCCGCGGGCCCUGCCCCUCCUCGGAUCGCCCGGUGCCCUGCGGCGACCACACCUGUCGCAGCACUUUCGUCGAGUGCCUGCAGGCGCUGAUGGAGCAGGAGAAGAGCCGGCAGACGAGAACUUCUAUCCUCGCCGACGCCUCGAAGCAGCUCACCAUGAAGCUCUCCAAGUCCUAG